GCGAGACCUGGGGCGCACGCGCAGAAGGGAGGGCCUGGGUCAGCGAAGGGGGAGGAAGGGGUGGUGUUCUCGGUUUCCUGGGUUACCUGAGGGGGCGGGGGUUGGGAGUGAGCGGCGGCAGCGGCGGCAGCAACACGGGAUUCUUCUGUGAGAGCGCGCGGCGGCUACAGAGCAGAAGGUAAAGGAAGUAAGCAAAGGAUCUGGUAACUCCCAAUGCCUAAUUUUGACCUGUUGUGAGAACUUAAUCAGACAAGGAGACAUAAUGGGAAUCCUGAGAGAAAGGCCAUGUCAUCCGUGCAGUAAGUGAAACUUUAUUCUACUUUAUGGACCCAAAUUUUAAAGACUAAAUGUUACAGAAGUGUUGAAAGACUGCUCGGUCAUGAGCACCGACAGUAACUCAUUGGCACGUGAAUUUCUGACUGAUGUCAACCGGCUUUGCAAUGCAGUGGUCCAGAGGGUGGAGGCCAGGGAAGAGGAGGAGGAGGAGACACACAUGGCAACCCUUGGACAGUACCUUGUCCAUGGGCGAGGAUUUCUGUUACUUACCAAGCUGAAUUCUAUCAUUGACCAGGCAUUGACAUGCAGAGAAGAGCUCCUGACUCUUCUUCUGUCUCUCCUUCCCCUGGUAUGGAAGAUACCAGUUCAGGAACAGCAGGCAACAGAUUUUAAUCUGCCAUUGUCAUCUAAUAUAAUCCUGACCAAAGAAAAGAACUCAAGUUCACAAAGACCUACUCAGGAAAAAUUAUAUUUGGGAGGAAGUGCCCCAUCUAGUCAGGUUUCUACAAAAAUAAACAUCUUUCGAAAAGGCAGACGACAGCGUAAAAGUACCCAUCGCUAUUCCAUAAGGGAUGCAAGAAAGACACAGCUCUCCACAUCAGAUUCGGAAGGCAAUUCAGAUGACAAAAGUAUAGCAGUGAAUAAAUCCAGAAGGUCCCAUGUACUACAGCAUUUUGUAACACAGUCUUCUAAAGAAGCCCCCCUCACAGCUGAACUUGACCCCUCUGUGACCAAAGAACACACUUCUCCUGACAUGAUGGCUCUGGAAAACUCCAGAGAGAUUAUCCCAAGACAGGAGUCAAAUGCUGACAUUUUAAGUGAGCCAGCUGCCUUGUCUAUUCUCAGUAACAUGAAUAAUUCUCCAUUUGACUUAUGUCAUGUUCUGUUAUCGUUAUUGGAAAAAGUUUGUAAGUUUGACAUUAUGUUGAAUCAUAAUUCUGCCUUGGCAGCCAGUGUAGUGCCCACACUGACUGAAUUCCUAGCAAGCUUUGGGGACUGCUGCAACCUAAGUGACAGCUUAGAGAGCCAAGUGGUUUCUGCAGGUUGGACUGAAGAACCAAUGGCUCUGGUUCAGCGGAUGCUCUUUCGAACAGUAUUGCAUCUUAUGUCAGUAGAUAUCAGUACCACAGAGGUGAUGCCAGAGAGUCUUAGAAAGAAUUUAACUGAAUUGCUUAGGGCAGCUUUAAAAAUCCGAUCUUGCUUAGAAAAGCAGUCUGACCCUUUUGCACCAAGACAAAAGAAAACACUACAGGAAGUCCAGGAAGGCUUUGUGUUUUCACGGCAUCGGCACAGAGCCCUUCUUUUACCUGAGCUUUUGGAAGGGGUUCUACAAAUCCUGAUCUGUUGUCUUCAAAGUGCAGCUUCAAAUCCCUUCUACUUCAGUCAAGCCAUGGAUUUGGUUCAAGAAUUUAUUCAGCACCAAGGAUUUAAUCUAUUUGAAGCAGCAGUUCUUCAAAUGGAAUGGCUGGUUUCAAGAGAUGGAGUUCCUCCCGAGACCACAGAACAUUUGAAAGCCUUAAUAAAUAGUGUGAUGAAGAUCAUGAGUACUGUCAAAAAAGUGAAAUCAGAGCAACUUCAUCACUCAGUAUGUACAAGAAAAAGGCACAGACGCUGUGAGUAUUCUCACUUUAUGCAUCACCACAGAGAUCUCUCAGGUCUUCUGGUUUCAGCUUUUAAAAACCAAGUUUCCAAAAACCCUUUUGAAGAGACUGCAGAUGGAGAUGUUCAUUACCCUGAGCGGUGCUGCUGCAUUGCAGUAUGUGCACAUCAGUGCUUGCGCCUGCUCCAACAAACUUCCUUGAGCAGCACCUGUGUCCAGAUUCUAGCAGGUGUACACAGUGUUGGCAUAUGCUGCUGUAUGGACCCCAAAUCUGUAAUCAUCCCUUUGCUUCAUGCUUUUAAAUUGCCAGCACUGAAAAAUUUUCAGCAGCAUAUAUUGAAUAUCCUUAACAAACUUAUUUUGGAUCAGUUAGGAGGAGCAGAGAUAUCUCAGAAAAUUAAAAAAGCAGCUUGCAACAUCUGCACCAUUGACUGCGACCAGCUGGCUAAGUUAGAAGAGACCCUGAAGGGCAACUCAUGUGGUGCUGAACCUCACUCAAGUUUAUCCAGUCCUUCUUACAGAUGUCAAGGGAUCCUACCGAGCAGUGGGUCUGAAGACCUGUUGUGGAAAUGGGAUGCAUUAGAGGCUUAUCAGGACUUUGUUUUUGAAGAAGACAGAUUAUAUAAUAUACAGAUUGCAAAUCACAUUUGCAAUUUAAUCCAGAAAGGCAAUAUAGUUGUUCAGUGGAAAUUGUAUAAUUAUGUAUUUAAUCCUGUGCUCCAAAGAGGAGUUGAAUUAGCACAUCAUUGUCAACACCUAAGCAUUACUUCAGCACGAACUCAUAUGUGUAGCCAACCAAAACAGUGUUUGCCUCAGGAAGUGCUACAAAUCUAUUUAAAAACUCUGCCUAUCCUACUUAAAUCCAGGUUAAUGAGAGAUUUGUUUUUAAGUUGUAAUGGAGUAAAUCAAAUAAUUGAAUUAAAUUACUUAGAUGGUAUUCGAAGUCAUUCCCUAAAAGCAUUUGAAACACUGAUCAUCAGCCUAGGAGAACCCCAGAAGGAAGCUUCAAUUCCAGGGAUUGAUGGGCUAGAUAUUGAACCAAAGGAACCAUCACCUUCAAAUAUUGGUCCUCUUUUUCAUAACCAGCAAGCUUAUUCAGGCUCUCCUCAGAGCCUCAGUAAAUUUUAUGCCAGUCUCAAAGAAGCUUAUCCAAAAAAACGAAAGACCGGUAACCAGGAUGUGCAUAUCAACACCAUAAACCUCUUCCUCUGUGUGGCAUUUUUAUGUGUAAGUAAAGAAGCAGAGUCUGAUAGGGAGUCGGCCAAUGAGUCAGAAGACACUUCUGGCUAUGACAGUACAGCCAGUGAACCGCUGAGUCAUGUGCUGCCAUGUUUGUCUCUCGAGAGCCUUGUCCUGCCAUCUCCAGAAUGUAUGCACCAAACAGCAGAUGUGUGGUCUAUGUGUCGUUGGAUCUACAUGUUGAGCUCGGUCUUCCAGAAACAGUUCCAUAGCCUUGGUGGUUUCCAAGUGUGCCAUAAGUUAAUACUUUUGAUAAUACAGAAACUGUUGAGAAAUCAUGAAGAUGAGCAAGGAAUAAAGCAGGGAGAUAUGAAUGCAAAUGAAAACCAAGACUUAACCAGAACUUGUCACCCUGAGACAGGUAUGCAGGAAGAGUUCUCAUCUUUGACUGUAAAAAGUGACCCCCCACUAUCAGAAUUGGGAAGUCUAAAGAAGACUGCUGACAGUUUAGGUAAAAUGGAGUCAUCACAUAUUUCUUCCAUAAAUGUGGAGCAAAUUUCAACCUCUGGAGCUGUUCCUGAGGAAGCAAAGCUAUUUACAAAUCAAGAAAGUGAGACCUUGCUUCAUAGCAUACGACUUUUGGAAGCUCUUCUGGCCAUUUGUCUUCAUAGUGCCAGAACCAGUCAACAAAAGAUGGAAUUGGAGUUACCCAAUCAGAACUUAUCUGUGGAAAAUAUAUUAUGUGAAAUGAGGGACUAUCUUUCACAGUCAAAGGUGACUGAAACAGAAUUAGCAAAGCCUUUGUUUGAUGCCCUGCUUCGAGUUGCCGUGGGUCAACAUUCAACAGAUUUUGAACAUGAUGCUAUGACUGAGAAGAGUCAUCAGUCUGAGGAAGAAUUAUCAUCCCAGCCUGGAGAUUUUUCAGAAGAAGCAGAGGAUUCUCAAUGUUGUAGUUUUAAACUUUUGGUUGAAGAAGAAGGUUAUGAAGCAGAUAGUGAAAGCAAUCCUGAGGAUGGUGAAUCCCGGGAUGACGGGCUGGAUUUAAAGCUUGAAACAGAAGGCUUCAGUGCAACAGUCAGUCCACAUGACUUACUUGAAAACCUUACCGAAGGGGAAAUAAUAUAUCCUGAGAUUUGUAUGCUGGAAUUAAAUUUGCUUUCUACUAGUAAAGCUAAACUUGAUGUGCUUGCUCAUGUAUUUGAGAGUUUUUUGAAAAUUAUCAGGCAGAAAGAAAAGAAUGUUUUUCUGCUCUUGCAACAGGGAAUUGUGAAAACUAUUUUAGGAGGGUUCUUGAGUAUUUUAACACAAGCCAAUUCUGAUUUUCAAGUAUGCCAGAAAGUAUUGGUGGAUCUCUUGGUAUCUUUGAUGAGUUCAAGAACAUGUUCAGAAGAGUUAACCCUUCUUUUGAGGAUAUUUCUGGAGAAAUCUCCUUGUACAGAAAUUCUUCUUCUGGGUAUUUUGAAAAUUGUUGAAAAUGAUGUUACUAUGAGCCCUUCACAGUAUUUAACUUUUCCUUUGCUGCAUACUCCAAGUUUAAGCAACAAUAUCUCAUCCCAAAAAUGUCCUGGGACUCUAAAUAGUAAAGCCAUGGGCUUAUUGAGAAGAGCACGAAUUUCACGGAGCAAAAAAGGGGCUGAUAGAGAGAAUUUUCCCCACCGGCUUCUUUCCUCUUGGCACAUAGCCCCAGUCCACUUGCCGUUGCUGGGGCAGAACUGCUGGCCACACCUGUCAGAAGGUUUUAGUGUCUCACUGUGGUUUAACGUGGAGUAUAUCCGUGAAUCCGAAGGUGGUACAGAAAAAAGAAGGAAGAUAAAGAAAAGAAACAAAUCACUAAUUUUACAAGACAGCAGUUUUGAUGGAUCAGAGAGUGACAGACCAGAGGGUACAGAGUAUGUAAAUCCUGGUGAAAGGCUCAUAGAAGAAGGCUGUCUUCAUUUAAUUUCACUGGGAUCCAAAGCAUUGAUGAUUCAAGUGUGGGCUAAUCCACAUAAUGGCACUUUUAUCUUUCGUGUGUGUACAGAUCCAAAUGAUGACAUGAAAGCUGUUUUACUAGCACAGGUUGAAUCACAAGAGAAUAUUUUCCUCCCGAUGAAAUGGCAACAUUUAGUACUCACCUACCUACAGCAGCCUCAAGGGAAAAAGAAUGUCCAUGGCAAAAUCUCCAUGUGGGUCUCUGGACAGAGGAGGACUGAUGUCACUUUGGAUUUUACACUUCCAAGAAAAACAAGUUUAUCAUCUGAUAGCAAUAAAACAUUUUGUAUGAUCGGCCAUUGUUUAUCAUCCCAAGAAGAGUUUUUGCAAUUGGCUGGAAAAUGGGACCUUGGAAACUUGCUCCUCUUUAAUGGAGCUAAAGUUGGUUCACAAGAGGCCUUUUAUCUGUAUGCUUGUGGACCCAAUUAUACAUCUGUAAUGCCAUGUAAAUAUGGUAAACCUGUGAAUGACUACUCUAAAUAUAUUAAUAAGGACAUUUUGCAGUGUGAACAGAUCAGAGAACUUUUUAUGACCAAGAAAGAUGUGGACAUUGGUCUCUUAAUUGAAAGUCUUUCAAUUGUUUAUACAACAACACUUCCUGCUCAGUAUACCAUCUAUGAGCCAGUGAUUAGACUCAAGAGUCACAUGAAAACCCAGCUUUCUCAAAGGCCCUUCAGCUCAAAAGAAGUCCAGAGCAUCUUACUAGAACCUUCCCAUCUAAAGAGCCUCCAGCCUACUGAAUGUAAUACUAUUCAAGGAAUUCUGCAUGAGAUUGGUGGAACUGGAAUAUUUGUCUUUCUCUUUGCUAGGGUUGUUGAAUUAAGUGGCUGUGAAGAAACUCAGGCAUUAGCACUACGAAUUAUACUAUCUUUAAUUAAAUACAACCAACAGAGAAUGCAUGAAUUAGACAAUUGCAAUGGACUUUCCAUGAUUCAUCAGGUGUUGAUCAAACAAAAAUGCACUGUUGGCUUCCACAUUUUGAAGACGCUUCUUGAGGGUUGCUGUGGUGAAGAGAUUAUUUAUAUCAGUGAGAAUGAAGAGUUUAAAUUGGAUGUAGAGUCUAAUGCUAUAAUCCAAGAUGUUAAACUGUUAGAGGAGCUGUUGCUUGACUGGAAGAUAUGGAAUAAAGCACAGCAAGGUGUGUGGGAAACUCUGCUAGCGGCUCUGGAAGUCCUCAUUCGAGUGGAGCACCACCAGCAGUGGUUUAAUAUUAGGCAGUUACUGAAUGCUCAAGCAGUUCAUCACUUCCUAUUGACUUGUCAGGUUUUACAGGAACAUAAAGAGGGGCAGCUUACAUCCAUGCCCCGAGAGGUUUGUAGAUCAUUUGUGAAAAUUAUUGCAGAAGUCCUUGGAUCUCCUCCAGAUUUGGAAUUAUUGACAGUUAUCUUCAGUUUCCUUUUAGCAGUUCACCCUCCUACUAAUACUUACGUUUGUCACAACCCCACAAACUUCUACUUUUCUUUGCACAUAGAUGGUAAGAUCUUUCAGGAGAAGGUGCAAUCAAUCAUGUACCUGCGGCAUUCCAGCAGUGGAGGACGAUCCCUCACCAGUCCCGGUUUCAUGGUCAUAAGCCCAUCUUGUUUUACUGCUUCACCUCCUGAAGGAAGCAGUUUCUCCAGUGUUAUUCCACCAGGAAUGGCUGCCCACAUGCUACGUUCUAGAAGCCUACCAGCAUUUCCUACUUCACCACUAAUACAGCCACGAAAACUGACUGGAAGUUUGGGUUGUAAUAUUAACAAGUUACAAAACAUUGUAGAUACCUAUGUAGCUACCCAAGCAGAGAAACAGAAUCGUUUGGGGAAUUCUGACAUGCUGCAAGCAAGCAAAGAGGAUGCAUUCAUCAGUAGCUGUGAGUCUGCAAAAGCUAUUUGUGAAGCAGAAGCUGUUCCUACAGCCCAAAUCUCUGCCGGUGGUGUCCCAAAAGGAACAUUGGGAUUUCCCACGGGGAGAGUAGAUCAUAAAGACUUGGAAGUAGAACCCAGAUCAGAAGAUGACAGUCCCGGGGAUGAAUCCUGCCUGCGCCGACCUGAUAACCUGAAGGGACUGGCCUCGUUCCAGCAAAGCCACAGCACGAUUGCAAGUCUGGGGCUAGCUUUCCCUUCACAGAAUGGAACUGCAGCCUUGGGCCACUGGCCCAGUCUUGUUGAUAGGAACACUGAUGAUUGGGAAAACUUGGCCUUUCCUCUUGGUUACAAGCCCAACUAUAACAGAGCUACAAGUGCUCACAGUGUCACUGAAGACUGCUUGGUACCUAUAUGCUGUGGAUUGUAUGAACUCUUAAGUGGCAUUCUCCUCAUCCUGCCUGAUGUUAUGCUGGAAGAUGUAAUGGAGAAGCUCAUUCAAGCAGAUACACUCUUAGUCCUCGUUAAUCAUCCAUCACCAGUCAUACAACAAGAAGUUAUUAAACUACUACAUGCAUAUUUUAAUAGAGCAUCUAAGGAGCAGAAAGAUAAAUUUCUGAAGAAUCGUGGCUUUUCCUUACUAGCAAACCAGUUGUAUCUUCAUCGGGGGACUCAGGAAUUGUUAGAAUGCUUCAUUGAAAUGUUCUUUGGUCGACGUAUUGGCCUUGAUGAUGAAUUUGAUCUGGAAGAUGUGAAAACCAUGGGACUUUUUCAGAAGUGGUCUGCUGUUCCUAUCCUGGGACUAAUAGAAACCUCCCUGUAUGACAACGUACUCUUGCAUAAUGCUCUUUUACUUCUUAUUCAGAUUUUAAAUUCUUGUUCUAAGGUCGCAGACCUGUUGUUGGAUAAUGGUCUACUCUAUGUGUUAUGUAAUACAGUAGCAGCACUGAACGGAUUAGAAAAGAACAUUCCUUUGAAUGAAUACAAAUUACUGGCAUGUGAUAUACAGCAACUGUUUGUAGCAGUUACAAUUCAUGCUUGCAGCUCCUCCGGCUCACAAUAUUUUAGGGUUAUUGAAGAUUUAAUUGUACUUCUUGGAUAUCUUCAAAAUAGCAAAAACAAGAAGACCCAAAGUAUGGCUCUUGCCCUACAGCUUAGAGUUCUGCAUGCUGCUCUAGAAUUUAUAAGAAGCUCAGCAAAUCAUGACUCUGAAAACCUUGACGAUGCAAUACUGUCACCUUCUGCUCCCCACCAUGCAGUGUUUCAAAAGCGGAAAAGCAUUGCUGGUUCAAUUCCAGUGAAGGGUUCUGUUAUUCCUCACCUGCCAAGACGCCAUUUUCGUUCCUAUGGUCAACUUCCGAUGCCCUUGUACUUUGAUCUGCUAAAUGAAGACUCCUCCCCCCAGUUUUCUCCUGGAUGCGCUACCUGUGUGGUACCUUCUGGAACAGGUCCUCGAAAAUUUCCCCUGGUGCAAACUGAAUCUCUUUUGAUGAAAAUGCGUUCGGUCGCCAGUGAUGAACUCAACACUAUGAUGCAGAGGAGAAUGAGCCAGGAGAACCCCAGCCAGCCCACUGAUGCAGAGCUAACACAGAGACUGCAGAGGCUCACAGUCCUGGCAGUCAACAGAAUUAUUUAUCAAGAGUUUAAUUCAGACAUUAUUGACAUUUUGGGAACACCAGAAAAUGGAACUCAAAGCAAGAGCUCAGUGUACCAGACUGAAAUUUCUGAGGAAAAUAUUCAUCAUGAACAACCUUCUGUUUUUAAUCCAUUUCAGAAAGAAAUGUUUGCAUAUCUGAUAGAAGGAUUCAAAGUGUGUAUUAGUUCAAGUAAAACCAGUGGUUCUAAACAGCAAUGGACUAAAAUUCUGUGGUCUUGUAAGGAAACAUUUCGAAUGCAGCUUGGGAGACUACUUGUACAUAUUUUGUCACCAGCCCACACUGUACAAGAGAGAAAGGAAAUAUUUGAAAUACUGCGUGAACCUAAUCAUCAGGAAAUACUGCGAGACUGUCUUAGCCAAUCCUUGCAACAUGGAGCCAAGUUAGUUUUGUAUCUGUCAGAAUUGGUACAUAAUCAUGAGGAUGAGCUGACUGAAGAAGAACUGGGCACUGCAGACCUGCUUAUGUGUGCUCUAAAACUGUGUGGUCAUAAGUACAUCCCACCCAGUGCAUCCUCAAAACCAGACCUUAUCAACAUGAUCAAAGAGGAACAAAAGAAAUAUGAAAUUGAAGAAAGUGGGAGUAAAGCCUCUUGGCAGAAAACAGUGAAUAAUAAUCAACAAAGUCUUUUUCAGCGUCUUGACUCAAAAUCAAAGGAUAUAUCUAAAAUAGCUGCAGAUAUCACCCAGGCAGUGUCUCUCUCCCAGGGAAUAGAGAGAAAAAAAGUGAUCCAGCACAUCAGAGGAAUGUACAAAGUGGACCUAAGCGCAAGCAGGCAUUGGCAGGAACUCAUUCAGCAGCUGACACACGAUCGAGCAGUAUGGUAUGACCCCAUCUACUACCCAACCUCCUGGCAGUUGGAUCCAACAGAAGGGCCAAAUCGAGAGAGGAGGCGUCUGCAGAGAUGUUACUUAACUAUUCCAAAUAAGUACCUGCUUAGGGAUAGACAAAAACUAGAAGCAGAUGUGAUCAAACCACCACUCUCUUACCUAUUUGAAGACAAAACUCAUUCUUCCUUCUCCUCUACUGUCAAAGACAAAGCUGCAAGUGAAUCUAUAAGAGUAAAUCGAAGAUGUAUCAGCGUUGCACCAUCUAGAGAGACACCUGGUGAAUUGUUAUUAGGUAAAUGUGGAAUGUAUUUUGUGGAAGAUAAUGCUUCUGAUACAGUUGAAAAUUCAAGCCUUCAGGGAGAGUUAGAACCAGCAUCAUUUUCCUGGACAUAUGAGGAAAUUAAAGAAGUUCAUAAGCGUUGGUGGCAACUGAGAGAUAAUGCUGUAGAAAUCUUUUUAACCAAUGGAAGAACCCUCCUGUUAGCAUUUGAUAAUACCAAGGUUCGUGAUGAUGUAUACCACAGUAUACUCACAAAUAACCUCCCAAAUCUUCUGGAAUAUGGUAACAUUACUGCUCUGACAAACCUGUGGUAUGCUGGACAAAUUACUAAUUUUGAAUAUUUGACUCACUUAAACAAACAUGCUGGCCGAUCCUUCAAUGAUCUCAUGCAGUACCCAGUGUUCCCAUUUAUACUUGCUGACUAUGUUAGUGAGACACUUGACCUCAAUGAUCCAUCAGUCUAUAGAAAUCUCUCUAAGCCUAUAGCUGUGCAGUAUAAAGAAAAAGAAGAUCGUUAUGUGGACACAUACAAGUACUUGGAGGAGGAAUACCGCAAAGGAGCAAGGGAAGACGACCCCAUGCCUCCUGUGCAGCCCUAUCACUAUGGCUCCCACUACUCCAACAGUGGCACUGUGCUCCACUUCCUGGUCAGAAUGCCUCCCUUCACCAAAAUGUUUUUAGCCUAUCAAGAUCAAAGUUUUGACAUUCCAGACAGAACUUUUCAUUCUACAAAUACAACUUGGCGCCUCUCAUCUUUUGAAUCCAUGACCGAUGUGAAAGAGCUUAUCCCAGAGUUUUUCUAUCUUCCUGAGUUUUUAGUUAACCGUGAAGGUUUUGAUUUUGGCGUGCGUCAGAAUGGUGAACGGGUUAAUCAUGUCAACCUUCCUCCUUGGGCACGGAACGACCCUCGUCUUUUUAUCCUUAUCCACCGACAGGCUCUGGAGUCUGACCACGUGUCCCAGAACAUCUGUCACUGGAUUGACUUGGUGUUUGGGUACAAGCAAAAGGGAAAAGCUUCUGUUCAAGCCAUCAAUGUUUUCCAUCCUGCUACAUAUUUUGGGAUGGAUGUCUCUGCAGUAGAAGAUUCAGUUCAGAGGCGAGCACUAGAAACCAUGAUAAAAACCUAUGGGCAGACCCCACGCCAGCUGUUCCACACGGCCCAUGCCAGUAGGCCAGGAGGCAAGCUCAACAUGGAAGGCGAGCUUCCUGCCGCCGUGGGGCUGUUGGUGCAGUUUGCCUUCAGGGAGACCCGGGAACAAGUCAAAGAAAUCACCUAUCCGAGCCCUUUGUCAUGGAUAAAAGGCUUGAAAUGGGGGGAGUAUGUGGGCUCCCCAAGUGCUCCUGUACCUGUGGUCUGCUUCAGCCAGCCUCAUGGAGAAAGAUUUGGCUCUCUGCAGGCUCUGCCUACGAGAGCAAUCUGUGGAUUGUCCCGAAACUUCUGUCUUCUGAUGACCUACAGCAAGGAACAAGGUGUGAGAAGCAUGAACAGCACUGAUAUUCAGUGGUCAGCUAUCCUGAGCUGGGGAUAUGCCGAUAACAUCUUGAGGUUGAAGAGUAAGCAAAGUGAGCCUCCAGUGAACUUCAUACAAAGCUCUCAACAGCACCAGGUGACUAGUUGUGCUUGGGUACCUGACAGUUGCCAGCUCUUUACUGGGAGCAAGUGUGGUGUUAUCACAGCCUACAUGAACAGAUUCACCAGCAGUACGCCAUCAGAGAUAGAAAUGGAGACUCAGAUGCAUCUCUAUGGGCACACAGAAGAGAUAACCAGCUUAUUUGUCUGCAAACCAUACAGUAUAAUGAUAAGCGUAAGCAGAGACGGAACCUGUAUCGUGUGGGACUUAAACAGGCUAUGCUAUGUACAGAGUCUGGCAGGACACAAAAGCCCUGUCACAGCCGUCUCUGCCAGUGAAACAUCAGGUGACAUUGCUACUGUGUGUGACUCAGCGGGCGGAGGCAGUGACCUUAGACUCUGGACAGUGAAUGGAGACCUCGUUGGACAUGUCCACUGCAGGGAGAUCAUCUGCUCCGUGGCUUUCUCCAACCAGCCUGAGGGAGUAUCUAUCAAUGUAAUUGCUGGAGGCUUAGAAAAUGGAAUUGUAAGGUUAUGGAGCACCUGGGACUUAAAGCCGGUGAGAGAAAUUACAUUUCCCAAAUCAAAUAAGCCUAUUGUAAGCCUUACGUUUUCCUGUGAUGGCCACCAUUUGUACACAGCCAACAGUGAGGGGACAGUGAUCGCCUGGUGUCGGAAGGACCAGCAGCGUGUGAAGCAGCCCAUGUUCUAUUCCUUCCUCAGCAGUUAUGGAGCUGGGUGACCCUGAGGGGCUGUGUUCUACAGAGCACAGGACCCACACCUCAGGGGUCAAUUUUGCCAGUGCAGGAGGCUGAGCCUGAAGAAAUGGAUGACUAAAACAAACAUCCAAAUAAUAGUAUCUGCUCUUCUGCACAAAAUUCCAAAGGCAUCUCAGGUCCUGAAAGGAAAGUUCUGUCCUAAUUGAGCGAUGAUACAGGAGAUUGUGUCAGUGUGUACCAACCAACAAGCUGCAGCUCUUGCCUGGUAAAUUAAAGUCAGUCUUAAUGUUUUUCCCACAAAGGUAUUCUGAAGAAAAGAUAAUUGUCACCCUUUUUCUGUUUUUUUUUUUUUCCAAAAGAGCCAGCAGAAUUUAAAUUGGCUAGAUGGUUAUUUAUAUAAAAUAUUAUAAAUAUUAUAUUUUAAAAGUUUUCUGCUUUGAGAUACCCCUACCCCCCCACCACAAACCUAAUAAAGGAAAGAAAAAAAGGUGACAACUUUCAGGACUCAAUAAUUGCUUUCUUUGAAAAGCAAACUAUUCAGUAGGUGCCUCUGCACCAAACAUUUUAUGGAAUAUCUGAAUACUAAGACUAUGAAUGAAUCUAAGCACUAGGCAGUUUUUGCCAGUUGCCUUCUUAGCUCAAAGGAGAACCAGAAUUUUUUUGACAACCACAAACAAGAAAGCAAGUAUCUCUUGCUUUCAGAUACAUUUUGUUUUUCAUUAAAAAUUUUACUUAAAAUCCAUGAAACUAGAUACUGAAUAUCCUUAGUUGAAUCAGCAAGUUCAGCAAGUUGAUAAAUCUUUCAAUAUCUACCAAUAAUAGCUUCACUUACAAAGCAUAGAAUGCUUAACCAAUUGCAGUAGAAAGCCUCCACUAUGCAAGAAGGAAUUUUCUUACUUAAAACAAUUUUAAAAUGAGACAGUUUACUGAAUUUUAAA